AUGCCUUCCUCGACUGACUAUCUUCACCCCUCGGACCAACCAGGUGUCCCUGGCGAGUUCUCCGACUCUGAUGACGACUUGAACUUAGAAGAGCUUGAUCCCAACACGGCGCGUCCUUUAUCCUCCCGAACAUCCCGAGACUACACCAGCCCGAAGAGAAGCUAUGGACCAGGGAUCGCACUGCGGAAUCUACGUGUCGGUGUGGGAAGUCGGUGGAGACGCAGCGCGUCCGGGCGAGGAGAGUCGGGGGAAGAAGAUACGGAUGCGUUGCUGGAGGAUCCAGAUGAAGAUGGAAUACGAAGAUCGCAUGACAAUUUACGGCGCAUGACGAAUGACGAUGCGCCGCUCCUCGACCGCAGGGCUUCGACCCGCCUGUUUACGGACGACGAACAAUCACAGAAAGGUAGUCGGUUCAGUUUCCCCGUCUUCAAGAGGCCUCGAUUUCUGCAAGAUGCUUCGGCUCGAUUUGGAAAUAAUAGCAGCAACGAUUCAGACAAGCCUCCCCGAGAGGUACUCGUCGCGCAAUACCAGGCCACCAAAUACCCGCCCAAUGUGGUCUCGAACGCCAAGUACACCCCCUGGAGCUUCCUACCUCGAACCCUGUACAACGAAUUUUCCUUCUUUUUUAACAUUUAUUUCCUUUUUGUCGCUUUGUCGCAGAUUAUCCCUGUGCUGCGAAUCGGUUAUAUGUCCUCAUAUAUUGCACCCUUGGCUUUCGUGGUCUCGAUCUCCCUCGGGAAGGAGGCGCUCGACGACAUUGCGCGACGACGACGCGAUGCAGAGGCAAAUUCAGAGGAGUAUUGUGUUUUGUCGGUUGGGAGGUCCAACUUCAUGGAAAUCACAAAAAGAUCGAGGGAUUUGAAAGUGGGGGACGUCCUCAAAGUCCGAAAAAACCAGCGUCUUCCGGCCGAUGUCGUGAUUUUGAAAACUGUCUCGAAUGAUUCCGGCUCUACGCGCCAAAGCUCUGUGCCCGGGGGAAGUGUCCCCGGGUCCUCCACCGACCUGCUCGAAUCAGAUCAAGGGCCAUCCGAACCUGCUGCCGCUACUGCUACCGGUACCAGUACUGGGGAUACCGCGGGUACUUCCUCUGCCAGCGAUACCUUCAUUCGGACUGAUCAGUUGGACGGCGAGACGGAUUGGAAACUCCGUUUACCUUCCGUUUUGUCUCAAACUCUGCCUUUAAGCGAUUUUACUCGACUGAAGAUCAACGCAAGUGCUCCCGAUCAUAGGGUCAACGACUUUGUGGGCGCGAUCGAGCUAGGUCCCCCUACUGGCUUCUAUGAUACACACGUCGACAAAGCUUCUGGCCCACAGUCGCAAGAUGCGGGAAACCUGGAUGGCGAGAAUCAAACCGCCAGCUCGGCUCCAUUGACAAUUGACAACACUGCUUGGGCCAAUACCGUCCUUGCUUCAAACACCGUCACCUACGCCGCCAUCAUCUACACUGGAUCACAAACCCGAGCUGCCCUUUCGACUUCCCCCUCGCGGUCUAAAGUUGGCUUGUUGGAAUACGAAAUCAACAAUUUGACGAAAAUUUUGUGUGUCUUGACUCUCACUUUGUCGAUUGUGCUGGUCGCCUUGGAGGGGUUCCAGCCGACGAAUGACAAACAGUGGUACAUUGCCAUUAUGAUCUACCUCAUUCUCUUCUCGACCAUCAUUCCCAUGAGUCUGCGCGUCAAUUUGGAUAUGGCCAAGACAGUGUACGGCCGAUUCAUUGAACGCGACAAGGACAUCCCGGACACAGUGGUCCGGACGAGCACAAUCCCGGAGGAUCUGGGAAGAAUUGAGUACCUUCUCUCAGACAAAACCGGGACUCUGACUCAGAACGAAAUGGAAUUGAAGAAGAUCCACGUGGGUACAGUCUCCUACGCUAACGAAGCGAUGGAUGAGGUUGGGUCAUUCAUUCGUCAAGGCUUUGCCGGAAACACAUUGACCACUCCGUCGACUAUCUUUGGGACUCAAGCCGGUGCUGCUGCUGCACCUCGGACCAGGCGAGAAAUUGGCUCCCGGGUACGAGACCUCCUUUUGGCUCUUGCCCUUUGUCACAAUGUUACACCAACCACCGAGGAGAAAGAUGGACAGAAAGUUACAACCUACCAGGCAUCAUCUCCAGACGAGAUUGCCAUCGUUCGGUACACCGAGGAGGUUGGGUUGAAGUUGUCUUACCGCGACCGACAAAGCGUGGUUCUCGAAUCGACUGACUCCAAGCAAGUCGUAGUGCGGGUUCGCAUUCUCGACAUCUUUCCAUUCACGUCCGACAGCAAACGAAUGGGUGUCAUUGUUGAAUUCCAGCACGAUGAAAACAUGCUUGACUCGUCGAGCAAAGAAGGCCGAGAGAUUUGGUUUUAUCAAAAGGGUGCAGACACAGUUAUGUCCUCCAUCGUUGCAGCAAAUGACUGGUUGGACGAGGAGACGGCGAAUAUGGCUCGCGAAGGUCUGCGGACUUUGGUUGUGGGACGAAAAAGACUUUCUGUCCAACAAUAUCAGGAGUUCUCGGCCAAAUACAAACAGGUAUAUCUGUCUCUCCAAGGGCGGGAUGCCGGCAUGGCCAAAGUUGUCGGGGAAUAUCUCGAACGGGACCUCGAACUUCUAGGAGUAACAGGUGUGGAGGACCGACUGCAGCGAGAUGUCAAGUCAUCUCUCGAACUGAUGCGCAAUGCGGGCGUGAAAAUUUGGAUGCUAACAGGAGACAAAGUCGAGACUGCGCGUUGUGUCGCCAUUUCUGCGAAACUCGUCUCCCGAGGCCAGUAUAUCCACACCGUUUCCAAGGUGACAAACAAGUCCGCCGCCCAGGAGGCGCUAGACUUUCUGCGCAAUAAGACCGACUGCUGUCUACUGAUCGAUGGCGAGUCCUUGGCGCUGAUGCUGAGCCAAUUUCGAUCUGCGUUCGUCUCUGUUGCCGUUCUCCUACCCGCUGUGAUUGCAUGCCGAUGCUCUCCAACUCAAAAGGCCGAGGUCGCGAAUUUGAUUCGCCAACACACGAAAAAGCGCGUUUGCAGUAUAGGUGAUGGUGGAAACGACGUUUCCAUGAUUCAGGCGGCGGACGUCGGAAUUGGCAUCGUGGGCAAAGAAGGCCGGCAGGCAUCCUUGGCCGCGGACUUCAGCAUCACCCAGUUCCACCACCUCACCAAGCUCCUGGUAUGGCACGGUCGCAACUCGUACAAGCGAUCGGCCAAGCUGGCACAAUUUAUCAUGCAUCGUGGCUUGAUCAUCAGUGCGUGUCAAACGAUGUACAGCAUCGCCAGCCACUUUGAUCCCAAGGGCUUAUUCAUCAACUGGCUCCUGGUGGGCUACGCGACUGUCUACACCAAUGCACCCGUUUUCUCGCUCGUCUUUGACUGCGAUGUGGACGAGCGACUUGCGAAUCUCUACCCCGAAUUAUAUAAGGAGCUGAAAACAGGCAAGAGUUUGAGCUACCGCUCGUUUUUUACCUGGGUGCUUAUUUCGGUCUAUCAGGGUGCAGUCAUCCAGGGGUUGUCCCAGAUCUUGUUGAACACAGUCACAGGCCCGCAGCUGAUCAGCGUGUCUUUCACGGCUCUUGUACUCAACGAGCUGGGGAUGGUCGCUAUUGCAAUCACGACCUGGCAUCCGAUCAUGAUUUUCUGUUUGGUCGGCACCGCCCUUCUGUACGGGGGCAGCAUCCCGUUCCUGGGAGACUACUUUGAGCUCCGCUACGUGAUCACUCUCGGGUGGCUGUGGCGUGUUAUUGCCGUAUUAGCCGUUUCGUUGAUUCCGGUCUGGGCUGGAAAGCUGAUCAAGCAAUCCUGGAGCCCACCGAGUUACCGGAAGGUACGUGGUUGA